AUGAACACCGCCACUCCACCCCUACCUCUGAGCCAGCUGCACCGGAUCCUCGCCCAGGAUGCCGCUGACAAACACCCGAGUCCGACCGACACCGCCGAUCAAGGUGGGUUCUCAUUGCACUGCGCUUGUUCUGAGCAUUUCUUAAGACUGUUAAGCCUAUUCUAGGCUGGGAUCGAGCUUGGGCCACAGGAUGUACCCCAUGGGACUCCAAGGACGUGCAACCCGCGCUCAAGGAACUGGUCGAUUCAAACUGGCACAAGGUCCAGCUUGGUGAUGUCGCAAAGUGGGGCGAGGACUCGGUCACCACUCCUGGAUCCAAGGCUCUCAUCGCGGGUUGCGGAAGAGUCAGUGCCGCACCUUCAGCUACACUCAACACAUACCGAGCUGACUUUGAGGUUGAGCUUUCCCAGGGGUACGACGCCACCUUCUUCGCUGCCCGGGCCUCGACUCGCUGGGGCUUGAUCUAUCCCCCACCGCCAUCAAAGCCGCUCAAGAUCUGUACAAAGCAACCGAGAACGCACCAAAGAACGUCGAAUUGUGCGGUUCCCCCCUUCAUCUUCCUCAAUAGAUUAUCAAGGACGCAGCUGAUAGUCCCUGAAUGCUUUUCUCCCCCACAGCCGAGCCGCAGAUUUCUUCAAGUUCCCCCCACCCGUCGCGGGCUUCGAUUUGGCGUACGACUACACCUUCUUCUGCGCCAUUCCUCCCGAAUUGAGACAAUCGUGGGCCGACCGGUACGCCCAGAUCAUACGAAAAGGAGGAGUCCUGAUCACUCUGAUGUUCCCCAUCGGUCAGUCGAUGGGAAAGUCUCAGCUGCCUGAGUUGGGUGGAUCGCCGAACUGAUGGGUUUAUCGAUCUUUCGCUUGGCGCUUUGAAAAGAUGGGGACAGAAGCUGGGGACCCCCUUUCAGCGUAUCUGAAGAGAUGUACGACCAGUAUCUGAGCAGAAGUUUCGAGUGAGUCGUCCAUCCAUAAAAAUUAUGAGAAGGCCCAGCUCAUGCAUGCGCUUUGGACCGUUCACAGGAAAAUCCACUCGGAGAAUCCUGGCGCUUCGAUGGAAGAGAGGAAGGGGAGAGAGAAGAUGGCAGUCUGGAAACGACGAUGA